GGCCGGCGGGACGGGGCGGAGCCGCCGUUUCUCACCCUCGGCUCUUGUGUCUCUCGUUUCAGGAAACUAAAAUGCAUGACAGAUAGCGAGUCGGUGCCGCCGGACUGGCCCUAUUACCUAGCCAUUGAUAGGAUUCUGGCCAAGGUCCCCGAGUCCUGCGACGGCAAGCUGCCGGACAGCCAGCAGCCCGGGCCCUCCGCGUCCCAGACCGAGGCGUCCCUGUCGCCGUCCGCCCAGUCCGCCCCCCUGUACGCCCCGUAUAGCCGGCGCUCCCGCGAAGGCCGCCUGCAGGACCACGGCUCCGACCGCUCCUCCAGCUCUCUGUCCCCUCAGUGCAG